AUGGAUGACUGGGAGAGCAGUAGUGGUAAUAACUUCGUCCAGAAGCUGGAUUUUUCAAGUUGUGGAGAAGACACGGAGUUGGAAGAAGACAAUAGCAUGCAAGAGGAGGAGCCAAGUCAUGUCACCCCUCAGAAAAACUGGGAGACUGGGAACUGGAGAGUAAACUGUCCUGUUCCGGUCACCCCACAGAGGCAGCUGGAUGAUCUUUCUUUCCCGAAAUCGUGGGCAAGUCCAGUGAGGAAAGGUAAGGAAUCUCUGAGGAAGAAACCUCUCCCUUUGGAAGAUUAUCCUGGGACACCGCUGCACUACAUCACCUGGCAAAAGCUCCAGCUCUGUGACACCCCACAUACUCCAAAGGUAAGGUGAUGUGGUGUGUGUAUUUAUAUGGCACAUUGUGUAUAAAUAUCCUCAAUGGGGGAGAGGCGGCUUUGGUUGCAGUUUAGACUUUCAACGUGGUUGAGGAGUGUUUGUGAGCAUCCUUUUUUUCAUUCCACAAAUCUUAAUAUUUCUACUAUAACUUUUAGACCCCAUUUUCCUCCAAGGGGCUCACAAAGUGGUGUACAUGGUUCUCCCCCUCCACAUUUCAUCCUCAGAACAACCCUGUGAGGUAGGCCAUGAGGCCAUGACUGAACUGGGGCCUGGUGAACUUCAUAACAGAAUGGGGAUUUCAGCUCUAGUCUUCCAGGUCCUAGUCUGAUAUGCUAACCUCUACACCAUGUCUCUGGUGCCCUGUACUUAGCGGUGUUUUGGGGUAUGUGUGCUUACUGAAAACAGUGUGAUAACCAUGGUUGGACUUUUCUCCAAGCACAGAAAGGUGGGGAGGCUGCUUACUGGAUGCCUUCCAGUUGUUUAUGCUUGGGGGUUUAUUAAGCGAAGUCUCUCUUACUUUUAAAGAAAUGAUCGUGGAGAACUCUCUUUUUAAGAACUUCCCUUGAACAAAAUCAUUUGACAUACUAAUCUCAAGCGCUUGGUAGCCAGCUUCCCUAUCUUGCCGUGCUUUAAUCUGAAGCUCGGGGGAAGAUGUCAUGAGGCAACUCGUCCCAUGGGUCUUCCUGAGAUCAGGAAGUGUGGGCAGCUGGGAAGACUGCAGAGUGCUGGAGAAACGUUUCACAGAAAAAGAAGUGCACAGGCCACCUUGCAAAUGAUACGAUAAGUUCAACUGUGUGUGGACUGAGAUUCUCAAGUACCAUAUGCAUAAGCCAGAAAAAUAGAAAACUCUUUCAAAUGACAAGAACUGCUGAGAAUUUGGGGACAAGUUUCGUUCUAAACCACAGAGCCUGGGGCUUGCCGAUCAGAAGGUUGGCGGUUCAAAUCCCCGUGUCAGGGUGAGCUCCUGUUGCUCGGUCCCUGCUCCUGCUAACCUAGCAGUUCGAAAGCAUGUCAAAGUGCAAGUGGAUAAAUAGGUAUCGCUCAGGCGGGAAGGUAAAUGGCGUUUCCGUGCACUGCUCUGGUUCGCUAGAAGCGGCUUAGUCAUGCUGGCCACAUGACCCGGAAGCGAUAAGCCGGCUCCCUCGGCCAAUAAAGCGAAAUGAGUGCCGCAACCCCAGAGUCGGUCAUGACUGGACCUAACGGUCAGGGGUCCCUUUACCUUUACCUUUCAUCCUAGAACCAGACUGAACACUCUUAACUGCAAAUUCCGAUGUCUCACAUCAAACUUCCAGGGAGGCAGCCAGCACCACUUUUUUAAAAAAAGAAUAUUUAUUACUUUUCCAACAAUUUAAACACUACAAAAAAACAACAACAAUACAAUACAAUACAAUACAAAAACACUACAUAACACUAACACAUUAAACUAACAAAACAAAACAAAACAAAACAAAAACAGUUUAAAACACAUCAAACAAUUUCAAUAUCUUAUCUUUCAUUCACUUAUUUCAACGACCUCCUCACACCUCCCUUUUUGUAUUCCACUUCUGUUAAUUGUUUCAGCAAUUCCUUUCCAUCUUCCUCUGUUUUCUAUCCUAUAAUUAUCUUAACACUUUCUAAUCUUAUUUUUUCCUUUAAUACUCUAUUAGUCUAUUUAUACUUAAUUCCUUAUAACAUUUCUACUAAAGCCAUAUAACUUCAUUCCAACGUUUUUCUAACAUUCAUUAAUUUUACAGUAUUUCUGUAAAUAGUCUUUAAACUUUUUCCAGUCUUCUUCCACCGACUCUUCUCCCUGGUCUCGGAUUCUGCCAGUCAUUUCUGCCAGUUCCAUGUAGUCCAUCAACUUCAUCUGCCAUUCUUCCCGGGUGGGUAAAUCUUGUGUCUUCCAAUACUUCACAAUGAGUAUUCUUGCUGCUGUUGUUGCAUACAUAAAAAAAGUUCUAUCCUUCUUUGGCACCAAUUGGCCGACCAUGCCCAGGAGAAAGGCCUCUGGUUUCUUCAGGAAGGUGUAGGCAGCCAGCACCACUAAACACUGUUAGUUUACAGAGCCCACAAACUCAUCUCUCUCCUUCUCUGAUCUGGUUUAGACAUAUAACACUGAACUAUAAUUUAGGGUUAUGUGAAUGAGCCUGGCUGAGCCUUGGGCUUUUUUUUUUUUUUUUUUUGCUUUCCAUCUCCUUAGUGGUCAUAAGGAGCUCAGAAAUCGGUUUCUGGUUUCAUUGAACUGCUAUUUAGCAUUUUGUGUGCCCCCUGCUUAAUCUUAAGUGUGGUAUAUUGAAACUAGCCAGCUUCAUAAACUGAAUGUGCCAGCGUGAAUGUUGCAUGUUUCAGUAAACCAAAGGAGUAUACAGUACUAAAGUACAGUAAGUCAGGGUUUGGACAUAACACAUAGCUAUGGUUAGAAUGGAAAUGAGAGCUUACAGAGUGUAAGCUCUGAGUGUAGCCACACUCAAAAAGGGGAGGACAUGAACCUGAAGCCUGCCCAGGUAUGUUCACAUGCUCACCUAGCCCUCUAUCAUCUCUGUUCCCUUUCACAGAUACCCACACAUACCUAGAUUACAUCUUUAGCUUGGAGUGAUAAAGUCAGUUCCACCUUCCAUAUAUUUCCAAACUACUCAGAAAGCAACCACUACCACUUAGCUAACGGCCAUCCUAACAGGACAUACUUGGCAACUUUUCCACUGACUGUUAAGGAACACUUGCAGUCAUUCUGGUGCCACUAACCUCUCCUGUCCAGUGCCCCAUGUCCCAAUAGUAUGGUACCUAUAAAAGGAAGUGCCGUGCAAUGGUUAGUGUCAUAGACUGAGACUGGAGAAACCCAAGUUCAAAUCUUCACUUGGCCAUGAGCAACCGCUCUCUCUCAGUUGAAUCUACUUCACCGGGUUGUUGUGAGGGUGCAAUUGGGGAGCAGGCGAAGCAUGCCUGAUGCCUUAUGCUCCUUGAAGGAAAGGUGGGGUGUAAAUGAAUUGUACACCUGCUUAACAAGUGACACUGGGCUAGGUAGACAGAAACACCUUCAGUGGUGGUUCUUCUCCCUCUGUCAUUGUAAAAGCUGCACCUACAUUCUCUCAGAUGAAUAGCUGACUGUUGAGAGUCUCUGCUGAAGUUCUUUCUAAUGGGUGCACCAUACUGUGAGUGUAUGUAUAUAUUUUUACCAUCAAAAUGACUUCAUGUAGCAUUGCAGGAACAAUCUUUACUUCAAAGCAGCUUCUGUCACUUCCAAGUCCCAGGCUUGGAUGUGGAGCUUCUGUGAGCUAUAAAGACACAAUCCUGAGUGAGUCUCUUAAUUGCAUUUUUGCUCUCUUAAGGUUUGAAAUGGAGCAAUUUAGAAAAUCCCCUUCAUCUUCCUGCUUGUUAAGCUGGAUGCCUGCAGAUCCUCCUGGCAUCUGCAGUUCUGUAUUUAAGCUUUGCUGCCAAAAAUAGCCUACUGUGAUAGUAACAUAGUUGAAAGACCCUUUUUUGUGAUUUAAAUCCAUAUGGCUGACAAGGAUUCGACUUGACGGGAAGUCAAAGCCUACACAUGACUCUGAUAUUCCAGCUGUAAUUUGUGUAGCAGGUGCAGCCAUUGUGGAUCCUUCCAGAUGUGGCUGGACUUCCAUUAUCCUAACACUGGCUUGGAUGGACCUUGGUCUGAUGUAGCAAGGAAGGUCCCUAACCCACUGGCACUUCAAAGCAUAACAAAGGUGGGGAAACUGGUUCUCCAGAUGUUGUUGGACAGCUCCCAUGGUCCCUUUCCAUAGGCCAGGUUGACUAGGCCUGAUGGGAGUUGAGAAUCCAACAUCUGGCGGGCACUACAUUACCUAACUCUGGCUUAAUGUGGUGUACAGGUAUUGGUGAGUUUGGGAAUAACAAGCAUUAUGACCUUCCUCUUUAUUGCAGGUUGAUGCUAGUGGACUAGACUGUUCUCCGUUGACUGACUGUUGUUGUUUUCUAUCUAGAGCCUCUUGUCCAAGACAGCUUUCCCUUCACCUGUGGGAAAGUUCCCCUCCAAAGGGAUGAGGAACUUGAGGUUCACUUCCUGCCCUGACUCCGAGGAAACUCCCCCCGCUUCCUUAGUUAACAUUAACCCCUUCACACCGGAGUCUUAUCGGCAAAUGGUUUUCCAUCCCAGUGGCAAGAGGAAAGCCAGAGGGGAGCUGUGAGUGUUUUCUCUUUUUUCUUAAGAAUUUAUAUUCUAUAGGGGGCAAAAGGGAGAUACGAGGGUAGCCAUCUUGUAGCCCAUUGGUUUUUAAUACUGUGUUGCAGGACCUCAUGAGUGAGAAGUUUGAUAAGAAUGGAAAAGCUUCAUCUGACAGCUUGCCUGCUAUAAAUUUCUGACAUUCCUUUGUAAUAAUAAUAAUAAUAAUAAUAAUAAUAAUAAUUUAUUUAUACCCUGCCCAUCUGGCUGGGUUUCCCCAGCCACCCUGGGCGGCUCCCAACAGAAUAUUAAAAACACGAGAAAACAUCAAACAUUAAAAACUUCCUGAAACAGGGCUGCCUUCAGAUAUCUUCAAUAAGUCAGAUAGUUGUUUAUUUCCUUGACAUCUGAUGGGAGGGUGUUCCAUAGGGCAUGCACCACUACCAAAAAGGCCCUCUGCCUGGUUCCCUGUAGCCUCACUUCUUGCAGGGAGUGCACCACCAGAAGGCCCUCAGAGCUGGACCUGAGUGUCCGGGCUGAACGAUGGGGGUGGAGAAGCUCCUUCAGGUAUACUGGGCCAAGGCCAUUUAGGGCUUUAAAGGUCAGCACCAACACUUUGAAUUGUGCUCGGAAAUGUACAGGGAGUUGAUGUAGAUCCUUUAAGACCGGUGUUAUAUGGUCUCGGCAGAGUGUUCUGGAAAAUGCCUUCACGGUGGUUGAAGAGGCCCAACUGGGCUGGCCACAUGAACUGAGCACAUGAACCACCCUACAAUCCAAUUCACUCCAGAGGCUGUACAGUCAUCUAUGGAGGGGGUGGUUUGGAAGCGCCUUUAUAUCAUAUCAGACUAUUGACCCACCAAGCUGAGAAUCAUUUGUUCGGACUCCAGUGUUUCAGACUGUUGACAUUCCCAAUCCUACCUGGAGAUGCUAGGGACUGAAGCUGGGAUGUCUUCUGCAUGCAAAGCAGAUCACUCCUCCUCCUUCCUCGCAGUUCUUUGCAAGAUGGUUUUUGUUUCAAAUGAAAUCUAGUUCAGUAUCCCGUUCUUGCAGUGGUCAGCCAGAUAUCUACAGGAAGUAAACAGCACUCUCCCUACUUGUGCUCCCCAGAAACUGGGCACCCGGGCAUAGCGCCUUGAACAUCAGAGGUAGAAGAUGUUUUGUUGAAGCUCAAUGCGUUUGUAGGUCAAUACAGCGUCUGGAUUUGUUGGAGGCCUUCCUGGGAGCAUGGCUCUGGUAUGGGGAGGCUGUCCUGCUCAGCUGCUUCACUUCAAAACACACUCCAUUGCUGUUGGGGAUGCUCUGGACUUCUUGCAUCAAGCAGGGUAUUGGAUAAAACUGCCAGGAUUCUGGGAGUUCUUGGCAGAAAGGUUCUCUUAACAAUAGGAAGCUUUGAAAGCCUUUGCCUCAACCCAAAGAGGGCUCCUUUGUCUUUGCUGCAUGUAAAGGAGACAUCCAGCAAGUGCUGUGUUGAUCAAUAAAAGCGCCACUCUAAUAACCUCUCUGUGUGACUCUCUUAAACCACUGGAGCACACCGCAAAGCUAAGAAUUGGCAAUCUUCCUGGAGGUGGGCGGGGGAUGCGGAAAGCGUUCCGUGUUGUGUCUGUUUCUUAGUGUUAAAUAAUAGGCUGCGUGUGUUUUGUAUGUUUACAAAAAAUAGAUUUAAAAAAACAAUAGGAAGAUUAUUCCGCCCCCCCUGAUUCUCAAAGCCAUGCCUAGCUGGGGGAGCUAGCAUGCAGGGAGUAUUGUAUGAGUGAAAAGCAUAAUGGCACUUGACAAUGGGUCAUGGUACAUCUAAUCGGAUGGCCUACUGUGGAAAGACAGGUUUCGGCCUUCACUGGUCCAACCAGCAGCUGUCAAUUGUCAAUGCGUAAUCAACUGUCACUAAGCAAUCAGCAUUGCAUCAAUAUGGGUUCGGAUGCCAAAGGCUAACUGAGAAGCUUAAUUGCUUUCAACUGCAGGAGUUAUUCCUGUAUCUUCAGGCACAGGAAGGGGGCGGGGGGAGUAGGAUUUCGAAAAUUAAGCUCUCUGCAGGUAGGGAUGGUGGAGGAUGUCAUUUGAUCUGCAUUUUAAAGCAAACUGAACUGAUCUGCACCUCCCAGACUAAUAGCACAAAUCUUUGGGAUUCUGCACUUCUCUGAAUUUUGCAGUACUGCCGGCUCAAAAAGAAAGAAAUGUACCAAAAUGCAUUGAGCACUUUAUUCAAGGGUUAAACUGGUUUAGAAAUGCAUAGAAUGGAAUAUAAAAUAAAUAUUUAAGUAUGUGUUGUGAUAAAAUACUGUUUAAGGAUAUGAUUAAACACAAAUUUUCCUACAGCAUUUUAGAAAACAGAAAUUGCCAAGUUACUGCAGAAAUGGGACAGGUCAGGCUUAUGAAUAAAUACAUGCAAAACUUAACAUGGGCGUAGCAGUUGUCCCUCUCUAGAUCAAGUAAAACAAUAGAAAUACUUAACUGACCAAUCCCAUCGGUUCUGCCCCCCCCCGCCCCCACAAGAAUCCUGGCUAUCCCCAUGAAACAACAUGAAUUGGAGGUAUCACCAAAUCCAUCCCCUAACCUCAGGUCUGUCAAGAGUUGGAUGAAUGCUUUUUUCCAAGUGUCUCGGAUUUCACAAAGACUGGGAUUGGAUUUCAUGCCUUUAAAAUGCUGCAUCACUAACUCCCUCUCUCUGCAGAUGUCAGGGCAGCUGUGCAUUAAUUUGAAAUCUGAAUUGAUUGUAAACUAGAAUGUUGAUCACCCUAAAUUGAGGGCUAUAGCCUCUGUGGUCUUUGAGUGAUUUUUUUUCUAGUGGUCUCUUAUGCUUAUGCGGAAAUGCCUACAUAAAUACUUCAUGCGGCUUGAGGAAGUUCCUGAAGCUGGUGUUUGAAAUAUUUAAAUGGUGAAACUGAAUAAUAGAGUUGGGAGUUGCGUCUUGUCUUUGCAACCGGGAUGCUUCUUCACGUCAUUAAACUUACCGUUUCAGGGAUGAUCCCAGCCAAAAAGAGAGCCAGGUGGAACCAGGGUUGCCAGCCAAGGUGAGUAGUGCGUUUCUUCAAACAGGUGCACAAAAAGCAUCAUGGCCAUAAGUUAUCUGUUUAAUACUGAAAGAGGGAAAACUGUUUGUGAGCCUAUAGCAGCAGACAACAGUAUUACUGUAACACAAAGAGUAAUCUUAGCACUGACUUUCUUUUCAUUGUACAUUUUCAAAGAAAGCCCAUAGUUUUAUAUUUUAAUGAAAUGGAGUGGGGAGAAAAAAAUCAGUGGUGCAAGGCAAUAGUUAUUACAACACCAGAUAGUUACUUAACAGGCUUCAAGAAGAACACCAUUCAAAACUAAACUACGCGUUGCAUCAGAACUCUGUUUUAGGUUAUAAAGUGCGGCAAAUAAGCUGAGGUAUAGGCUGAAGGCCAAGUUGAAAGUUUACUUUGGUUCAGCUUUAAAACUACUUGGAAGUUCAGUUCCCUGUUUUCUUCCAGUUCUACCCUCUCCUGCCCAUUUUCAGUGAUUCUCCUGGUAGUAAUGCACUUGCCAUAAAUGAACCUGGUGGAGGUUUUCAGGUAUUAGAUUAGGACUUGGAGAACCAGGGUCAAUUCCCCACUCAGCCAUGAAGAUCCUUGGUUGACCUUGAACCAGGCACCAUCUCUCGGUCUAACCCACCUCACAGGGUUGUUGUGAGAAUAAUACAGAGAGAGAGAACACCAUGUAUGCUAGCUUGAGCUUCUUGGAGAAAAAGUGGGAUUCAAAAGCAACAAUAACUAAAAUACUCAGACUCACUGUAAUGAAUGGACCUAAGCUACCAAUGUUUAUUGAAAUUAAUGGGUCUCAUCUGCAUUGGACUAACUUUAGACACUACCCUGUACAUGGGUUGAUCAUAUCUUGGUCAGAAAUCAACAAAUUCCUAAACUUCCAUUCCAAAAAUCAACAAUUUCCAACUUACACAAAAUGCUUAUUUGCUUGCUGUUUACCUUGGAAAAGCUAGCUUAGGUUUGACUGUAUAAUGUGCUCUAGUCUCUUUCUCAAUUAAGCUAAGUGAAAUGUCCCCACUUCCCCCCCCCCAUCGUAAUGUAAUGUCUAAUAAAUUAUAGAACAACCUGAAGAGUACUUCCUUAGCAUCAAUAACAAUCAAAGAAGUGAUGUCUGUGUAAUGCAGUAUCUGCCUUAAGAUGGUGGUACAUUCAAACUCCCGUCAGGCCCAAUUAGCAUGUGCAGUAGUCAGGGAUGAUGGGGACUGUAGUCCAAAACAUCUGGAGAGUGCAGGAAUGGGGGAAGAAGCACAGAGUUCCGGGGGCCACUGGUUUGAUCUGGUUUGACCUUCACUCCCACGAACUUGCAGGGAAUGUGGUUUAGUAAGAAACUUGUCCCAGUCCAUAUCUAACUCUUCAGGCUUCAUUAAUUUGAAAUGCUGCUGGGAGCAUAGGAAGCGGCCUUCUACCAGGUGAGACUCAUUCUCCAUCUUACCAAUAUUGGCCGCUCUUUGGGUCAGGGUCUUUUCUAAGGGAUUGAACCUGUGGCUUCCUGUGCACAUAGCAUGCCCUCUGCCUCUGAGUCAGCACUGAUGUUAUAAAUUACACACAGAGUGAAUUAUUCAGCCAGAGUUGUGGGCUGAGAGGGAACAGAGUGCUGACCAUAGCCGUCAAAAGCAAUCACAUGCCAAGGGAAACAAAAUGGGGCAGGGCAGGCACUUUUAUGUUGGCACGGCUGCUGGCAGUAUUUUGACUCAGCAUAUUGGAUCCAUUUCCAUCUGCCCUGAAGGCUUUGAUGUUUGUGCCUCUCCAAGUUUAAUUCUAGGUUAGUGCUAUGAUCUACUAGAAGCUCUUAGCAGAGAAACGGUGCCAACACCAUUGAUUAAAAUCUGAACAUCUGCCGUAGAAUAUGUUUUGCAGGAGGGGUGCUAACAAUAGCAUUUUCUGCAAGGGCAUAAAUACAUACUGGGUGCAGUUCUUUGAUUUAUCAGGCUUUAUAUUUUGCAAAAUGUUGACACUGAGGCUGCAAUUUGAAAGCAGGUGGUGGUGAACCGGUUGCAAAGAAGGGGGUGUCUUUAAUAGUUCACUUUUGCACUGCUUUUUUCCCCCUGCAAAAAAUCAUGCCCAGUCCUUCCUCUCCAGCUGCUUUGACCCUGCAAGCGGAAAAGAUAUGACUUGAGGAUUUUGUUUCAUCUGCACCAUGCUGCAUAGCAAACUACUCUGGACACUAAGGGCACUUUCCAAAGUAGUUUGUGAAGUGGCAUAGCAGAAGGGUGGUGAUCUUCCUUCACUGAUAAAUCAGGAAGAAUAAAGGAGGCUUUUCCAGUGGAGCAGGAUACCAUACUGUGUGUGUAAAGCAGGGUAGCCAACUUGGUGCCAACUCCAGAUCUUGCUGGACUCAAAUGCCCACCAGGCCCAGCCAAGGUAGCCAGCGGUCAAGGAUGAUGGGAAAGCAAUGUUGGCUAUUUCUGGAAGGACAUCACUGCAUCCAGGAACCAGAACCCAAGGCCUCACAUUGCAAGGUCUCUUCAUGUCGUGCUUGGGGUUUGAUGGGCAAACCUGUCUUAAACUUACGUGGAUUCUUCUCUCCCUCCUCCAGAGAUUCCUCUUACGUGAGAGCAACAUGGUUUCCCGCUACAAGAAGGAAUUCUUGGAACUGGAGAAAAUAGGUGUGGGGGAAUUUGGUUCCGUGUACAAGUGCGUCAAAAGGCUGGAUGGGUGCGUCUAUGCCAUCAAGCGCUCCAAGAGACCCCUUGCUGGUUCCUCAGAUGAGUAAGUGACCACCGUAGAACACACACAAACACACCAUGAUGAAAUGAUUGGCUGGAUUGGUCAAUAAAUUUCUGGACUGAAUGACUCUAGAAAUUGUACCAUGGCUGCUUAUCUUACCUCUCCCACCCCACCAUUUUUUAAAUAGACCAUGAUAGGUAUUGUCAUUGUUCUUCCCACAAUAGGCUCAAAAGGCAAUGUUUGCUUCUGGAUUCCCCAAACCACAUUGCACAUCCUCUAAGAUGCUAGUGUGUAAAUAAGUUGGAUUUGAGAUUAGCCAAGUAUUGGAAAAGGUCAUGCGAAAAGCAGACUGAAAGCAUUUAAAAAUGAAAUCUGCCAUCCGUUUAAUGAACCUUUUCCUUCCCCAUGUCAUUCAGGGCCUGCCUUUCCUUAGUCCGUGCCCAGCAUAGCAAUGAAAUCUAAUCUAGUAUUGAAUUAAGAACUUUUGUUCCAUAACAAUACUGUUUCCUCCCCCCACCCCAAAAAGAGAUCUUUUAGGGUGAGAGACUUCAGGGUCACCAGCGCUUACCUUUCUAUUGUUUCUGUAAGUGGUGGGGGUGAGAAGCAUAUCCCCUUCCAGGUAUUUCCCAGCCAUUUAAGGAAUAACUUUGCCAAGUUCUCCAGGAAGUCUUGUCUGACUCCAUUAACCCUCCCCUGUCCAAACUCCUGAUCUUGCAACAAUAUUGUUCUUUGAAUGAUGGGUCAUCUCUCUCUCUCUCAUUCUCUCUAGGCAAAUGGCUUUGCGGGAAGUCUAUGCUCAUGCUGUGCUUGGCCAUCAUCCCCAUGUUGUGCGUUAUUACUCGGCUUGGGCAGAAGAUGAUCACAUGAUCAUUCAGAAUGAGCACUGCAAUGGUAAGGAUACCAGUGGGGGUAGAGGUGGCGGCUUAGGAUACUGCGCAACUUCCCAUGUUAACUGAAACUUUAAAUUCACAUGCACUUUGUGAAGUCCUUUGUGUACUUAAGUUGAGGUUAAUGGAUGCUCAUGGAGUUUGGAAAUCCAGAAGAGCAAGAUAAGCUGCCAUCCUGUUGCUUUCUAGACUCAUAAACUGCCACAAGGAAUUGAAGCUCUCCACCUCACAAGGAAUUGAAGCUCUCCACCUCCACCCCAAAUGCAAAAUCUGGGCUCUCUAAAGGACCAAACAUGAGGAAUGGUGUGGUUAAGGACCACCCUUGCAUGAGGUCUGCAGAGUGUACCAAAUCCACAUGCGUUCAUUCAACAUUAGCAGAAGGAUCUGCAGAAAAUGGGUGUUCCCAUUGCACGUACACUUCUGCCCAGUUCUCCAACCAAAAUGAUGUGUAUAAAAUGCAUAUACUAAGGGCAGGUGUCCAUAAAAUGCACAUGUAAGGUUAAAAUAAGGCAAAAUUAUAUUUUGGGAAUGGCUUGCAAAGGUUGACAUACAAAAUAUGCAUUGGGAGAAAUUAGCACUAAAACACUGGUGAAAUUAUUUUAAUAAAAAUAAAUCACAAACUGAUAUGGAAAUGUGGUAAACUGAAUUUAAGAUAUGUAAAAAGAUACAGUACUGAGAGAAACCCUACAUGGGGGCCUGGCUAGCACAAAUGUUGGGAGUUUCCUUAUAUAAAAGAGCCAAUGCAGAAGAUGUCAAUCAAAACCCUUUGAAAUGCAAGUGAUGGAAGCUAGUAGAUUCAAACCAAAACUCUAAGAGGCAGAAGUGUGAGGCUACCACUUAACUGUUAACCAGAUCUUCUAAAUUCCUGCCUUCUAAAAGAGAGCAAUCUGCUUCAGAAGAAGGCUCUGUGAACAAGUGGGCGAGGAACUCUUGUCUGCUGUGAUCGCUUGGCUUUCCACAGGUGGGAGCCUUCAAGAUGUGCUUUUGGAAAAGGCAAAUACAUCGGAUUAUUUCAAAGAAUCUGAGCUGAAGGAGAUCUUGCUGCAAGUUUCCAUGGGACUGAAAUAUAUUCACACUUCUGGCCUGGUUCACUUGGACAUCAAACCCAGUAAGCAUUUCUGUUCAGUAAUUCUUUGUUGCUGCUGUUGUUGUUUAGUCGUGUCCAACUCUUCGUGAUCCCAUGGACCACAGCACGCCAGGCACUCCUGUCUUCCACUGCCUCCUGCAGUUUGGUCAGUGCUUUAGGCAUCAAAUAUUUGUGAAUGGCAUGCAUAAGCACAUUGCCAUAACCCUUUGAGAAAAGUGAGUUAAGCACAGUUGAACUUCUAGACGGGAUGGGGGCCAUUAAAUAGGAACUGUGCCAGUCCUUGUUUAGGGUUUUGUUCUAAGGAAUAAGGAAACUUGAGCCUAGCUUGUUACUAACUUGGACAUAACCCCAAUUACCUGGCCAAUUGAAUUCAGUUGGACCAACCUCUGCGUAGACAGGGUUGAGAUUACAGUUUAAUUCACUGAAACUAUGCACCCACAACAGAUAGGAAGCUGAAAUGGACCAUAUGAGGAUAGGCUGAAGGAACUCUAGGUAUGUUCAGCCUAUGGAAGCAAAGACUGAUUGGAGGUCAGGGUUGACUGUGGGUGAAAACACAUAGAAGGGGACAAAGGCUCUGCUGCCUAAUUCUAAUGGGCUGGUAUAGUUCAAUCAAACAUCAAGAGAAACAUAUUGAUGGUAAAGGCAGUUUGACAAUGAAACCAAUUAUCUAAAGGGAUGGUGGGCUGUCCCUUGUUGGGACCCCUUCCAGCAAAGACUAUAUAGCAAUGGGGAUAUUCUAAAUGUGGAUUUCCUGCAUUAAACAAGGGGCAAUUUUGCAAUACUCGCCUUUCCUCAAGGAUUCUUUGAAAUAAAAUAAUACAAGCCCUACUGUACCCCGAUUGCUGGAAAACUCUGGAAAUACAUCUUAGGUUUCACUUGAAUUUGGGGGUGAUGAUGCUUACAACCGUAAAAUCAGUCAUAGCUCCAUCCAAAAGGAAAUCCACUUGUUUAUCUGACAGCAUUUCCUAGACUUCUCUCUUCCCCGGAUUGGAUAUUUAAUGGCAGGCUAGAAAGUGAUUGUGGAAUGCAGACUGCAAUUUAUCUGUGUGGACAUUUCAAGCUUCCGUGCUGUUUUUCUGUCUUUGCAUUUACAGGCAAUAUCUUUAUAUGUCAUAAGCUGAUUGGGCCUGCUGGUCAGGAGGAGAGCGACAGUGAAGAUGACGGCUUUGCCUCUUCUAAUGUGGUGUAUAAAAUUGGUUGGUAGUGUAAAUACUCUAUGCUUCUAGGGCUAAGACUAGAAUGGUUUUUAGGGUGUAUAUACCAAUCUCUCUCUCCUUCUGCUCCAAAUUCUCAGAUGGGACCCAUGGAAGAGAGAGCCACGAUAAGUGGGAAGAGGGGCAAGUAGAACUGUUCUGGGUCCUGAAUAGAUAUUAGAAUGGGUUCAGCAAGAAUCAACUGAACGCACAUAACUGCAUGUUGGUUGGUUGGGUGUUUUUUUUAUCCCCCCUUUUUUUUACGCAUAGAACAUAUCCAACAAAGUCACCCAUGGGUUGAUUCCUACUUUGAUGGAUGGAUUGCCACCCUUGCCUAAUCAGGGUGCUGCUGGGCUUGAGUAAUAUAACCUGAAAGUUGCCUUCAGGCUGCUAGCUUCCUUCUCAAGUGUAGACAAAUACAUUUCACUCAAGAAAUAUAUAUUGUAUGUGUGAGCCUAGAACACUGAGAGGCUCAGGUCAGAAAAGCCAGCCACAGGUUCCAGCAUGCAAGAAGAGCCCUCCAGAGAUUGCAAGAUUACAACUGUCAUCAGUGGCCUUGCUGGCUGGGAUUAGUGGGAGUUGGACUACAACCACAUCCGGAGGACCACAUCCCUGGUGUAUAAUUCCCCUACUCAACAAAUUUAUACCUCGUCUUUCCUCCCAAAGAAACCCAGGGUAGCAAACGAAUCUGUAAUAAAAAUACAAGUAAAAAUAAAAUAAAAUUCUGUAGCACAUGCAGAGUUUCUCCAGCAGACUAAUCUGUCUUGUGUAGGACUUGCUGAAUGCAGAAAGCUUGCAGAGACCGCUGGCACAUAUUAAUGCAUUUAAUGGCUCACAAGUUUCUUUUUCUUAGGGGACCUUGGACAUGUGACAUCCAUAACCAAUCCCCAAGUGGAAGAGGGUGACAGCCGAUUUUUGGCCAAUGAAGUCUUGCAAGAGGUAAUGAUGUGGGCUUUCUUUGACUCAUGGGGGCUUCAGCAGAAGCAGGAACUUAUACACUUCCCAGUAAAAUCCCCUUUCCUGAAGAGAGAUGCUGAUUUGAACAUGUUCAGACUUGGGUCCGUAACCUCUCUUGACUGUUUUUUUUCUUUUAAAAUCAUCUUCUUCCUCCAUAGCAAUACUGCUACCUGCCCAAAGCAGACAUCUUUGCUCUUGCACUGACCAUCUCUCUGGCAGCAGGCUGUGGUUCCCUGCCUACCAACGGCACCCUGUGGCAUCACAUCCGCCAAGGCAACCUUCCGCUAAUCCCUCAGCAGCUGUCGCGGGGCUUUGUAGAACUGCUCAGUGUGAGUGUCCUUUGGGGGAGGACUGUAGCUCAGUGGUACAGCAUCUGCUUUGCAUGUAGAACGUCCCAGGUUUGGUUCCAGUCAUCUCCAGGUGGGGCCAAGAGAGACCCCUGCCUGAAACCCUGAAGAGCUGCUGCCAGCCAGUGUAAUCAAUACUGAGCUGAAUUGAAAAUGGUCUCAUUCAGUAUAAGGCAGCUUCCUAAGUUCCUAGCAUGAGGAGAGCAGUGACAUUUCCAUGCAUCAAUAAUAUGAGCCAUGGUGCUGUCGGAUCAGGACUUUGAGGCAGAAGUUUGGGACCCCACUCAGCAGAAUGAGGAGGGUGCUCAAAUCAUAGAAUCACAGAGUUGGAAGGGACCCUGGGAAUCAUUGUCCAACCCCCUGCAAUGCAGGAAUACUCAGCUGUCCCAUAUGAAGAUUGAACCCACGACUUUGGGGUUAUCAGCACCACGUUCUAACCAACUGAGCUAUCCAGUUAUGUAGCAGGGUAGGCUUACCGCAUAGCUGAAGUAAUGCCCCAAACACAUGGCCAUCUAAAGAGCCUGCCCUCCCCCCGAAAAUUCAGCAUCUAAAAUUACCCAACCACAUCACUGAAUAUAAAAAUCUCUCUUUCCCCUGCUUGCAUCAGCUGAUGAUUCAUCCUGAUCCGGUUGUGAGGCCAUCAGCCACUGCACUAACCAAACACUCUGUCCUCCGGCCUUCUCUUGGGAAAGCUGCCCAGCUUCAGGAACAGCUGAAUGUGGAGAGGUUCAAAAUUGCCAUGCUGGAAAGGUAAAAAAAAAAAGACCUUCGUGCUUCAGUAGCCAAUCAAGAUUUGCAAACAACAAGGGCAUUGGACUACCUGGCUUGGAAGCGACUUCUCCUUUGCAGGGAGAACAUGUUCUUAAUCAGGUGUGAAGAACCAUUGGCUCUCCAGAUGUUGACUGAACUUCAGCAACCACCAGGCCCCAAGCAAGCGUGGCCAGUGAUUAUGGGAGUUGUAGUUCAGCAUUUGGAUGGCCAAUGCUUCUCCUAUCUGUUCUAAAUGCAACUGUGGCUUAUGUCAGGGAAAAAAUCCCAGCCAUGUUCCUCAUCAUAGAAUUCUGACAUCUGGGUUUCCACAUGCCUCUGAUACAAUCCUCCACUGGGAGUGGAACCUCUUCCUAGUAGACAUUACCCAGACUGGCUUUCCAAGCGAGUUUUAUUUACCUCCUGCUGCUAUUUUAAAGUGAGGAGGAGGGUCUGUGACUUCAUGCUAGUUUUGAGUGGGCAGGGCAAAGGGAAGAAAGGAGGUUGUGGCAAAUCUACACCAUGCAAUUUAAAGCACUCUUAUGCCACUUUUAUCCAUCUUGGCUUCCCCAAAAGAAUCAUGGGAAGUGCAUUUUGUUGUGGGUGUUGACUUGUUAGAAGACCCCAUAACAAACCACAAUUCCCAGGAUUCUUGGGAGGGGGGGGGAGCCAAUAAAAUGGCAAGAGUUUUGCCCAUCCACACUGCAACCAAGCACACUGUUAUGUACUACACCACAACUUACUGUUAUCAACAGUAGAAAGCCCACUUUCAACAGUGGAAGGGAGCCCUGUGGGCAGGAAGGAAAGUCUGUAUGUGCAAAUGUAUGUGCGAUGUUGGCAACCCCUUGUGUUAAAUCGUACCAAAUUCUCCUCUUUUUUUCAGAGAGCUGAGAGCAGCCCGUCUUGCCCAGAGCUUCAAAAAGGACAAAUUUUUGGAAUGUGCCAGGCCUCAAGAAUCUGGAGCCAACUCAAAGCACCCAAACAGCAAGAAGCGUCUGGUUGGAGGGAAAAAUGCCCGGUCGUUUAGCUUUACUGCUGGUGGCUUUUGACGGUUUAGGCUCUUCAAAUCACUGAAAACACACCCCUUAGAAACAAGAGACAACUUCAGAUUUAAGGGACUGUGUUUUUACUUAUUCCAUCAUGCGAUUGUCAUAGUACUAAAUCUGGCUACCUGUAAGAGAUAGUUGCUACCCAUCACAUUACAACAUAAUCUCUUUUUAAACCUAUCUGUCGCUUCCUUUUGCCUGAAAUGAGUGGGUUUGUUUUCCCUCCCAGGAUUAUCAGAAGAGUGUACAACUUUAUUUCUUUUCUCUAGCUUUUAGGUUAUCCUGUGUUUUCAAGACCCCUUGUGUUUUUCACUUUAAAACAACAACACACAGCCCCUAGCUGUAUUUCAAAUGGAAUACGAUUCAGGCAGCAGAUGGCUUGUUCCUCUUGCAGUUGGGGAGGACCCUGCCAUCACUAACAUUUAAGUCCCACCUAGAGAGCCAGAGAAAGUAACCAAUGCAAAAUAUAUAUUUAAUAUUCAACAGACCUAAUGAACAGGAUCCUUCUAAAACCAACAGGUUAGCCCUGCUGCCAAUGGGGGUUGAAUAAAAUGAGUCUAUAUUUGGAAACAGAUUAUGUUUUCCAUGAGCAAUAGCAGACAGGAUACAGCCUGGCCUUGAUGGUUGUCUUUUUUGUGUCCAGGAUAGAGCACCUGCUGUUCUUAAUGUGGGUGGCUGACAAUACUGACAGGUAAAGGAUUGAUCUGUAUUUUUGCCAAGUGUCGUCUGGGAUGGGUGGUUGGUGUUUCAAGCACAUUGGAAGGGAAUAAUAAAUGCUUUUUAGAACGCCUUGAUGUUCUGGGGAUUAUGUUAUGUAAAGUGUUCAUAAAUAAAAUAAAGUAAACCUUAUGCCCCUGUCGAAGUGUUAACUUCUGUUGUGGUUUUCCUGAACACAAAACACUGCUUUGUUGACUAGCCCAGUCAUGAAGACUUGGCCAAUUGCAGCAGUGUCUUUUGGGGGUUUCAAGCCUCUCUGUGUGAGUUCCCCUGACUUUCCUGAAGAUAGCUUUACUUCACUAGCUGCAGGACAGCACAAAUUUUAUAGCUGUUGAGAAAUGAUUCUUUUUCUUAAAAAAAGAAAGUGAUACAUUUGUGAAUAAAGCUUCUAAUUUUGUUUUCUUCUAAAGUGUAUGUGUGUGGAAAUUUUGUUUCAGAUCAUACAAGGGAGGGCUGAUGACAUUACCUGUGACCACACAGCUCUUGUGGCUGAUUCCAGGAUGCAUCUUGACUUGAGUUGCUCCACUGUGGGCUUUGCCAGAGUAAUGUCUGUUGCAAACAUUAUGACAUAUUUUGCCGUGCAAAGGCUGCACUGGGGGAGGGCUAGAGCUGGCAUAACCAAUAUGGUGCCCUCUAGAGGUUUCUAGACGACAUCUCUCAUCAGUCCAGACCUUUGGUCAUGGUGGCUCUUCCUAGAGAAGUCAGACUGGCUUCCUCCUUGCUGUCCUUCUGCUGGCAGGUGAAGACCUCGAAAUAACAGGCCUUUGGGAACUGGCUGCUUUUAAUGAAAGGGCUGGUGCUGUGCUGGUUUUAUUAUAAUUAUCUGUAUGUUUUUAAUAGAUAUAGCUAAGGGGUUAAAGCCCACCCAGGGAUGGCUGUGGGCAGAACUGUGUUCCGACAUGUGGAGGGCACCGUGUCGGCCGAUUCCUGUGCUGGGUAGCAACAUACCUGUGUUCAUAUGUAUUUAUAUUUCUCACAAAGCCCUUUGGGGGUUGUGAGAGCAAUUGUUAAGAGUGCUGCUGGUCUUCAGUGGACCCAAUUUCCAAGUCCAACUAUUCCCCCCCCCCCAGCGAAGCAGAAGACACGCACAGGCAGCAUUUUUAAAAAGUGCGUCGUUUUGGUUGCCCCCAAAAGGCGGCUGGCCUGAGCGAAGUCUUCCUCGGAUUCAUUCGUUCCAACGGGUCUACUCUGAAGUAGGAGUGGUAUUGGCUUCCUCGUGUGUGUAUAGGGAGAAACAAGGACAACCCCCCUUGCUUAUUCCUUCUCCGGAGUCCCUUUUAAAUACUCCCGCUUUUGCAGGCGGCAGGAAGCCGACGGGCCUGAUCCCGCCUGCUCUCUCCCCGACCUCCCUCUCCUCUCUGGUGGGGAUGGAAAUAAUAGCGCCACUGAAAUCCGGAAACUGGUCCAGGGGCUAUAGAGGAGGAGGGAGGGAAAGGCUGCUGCUGAUUGGUUGAUGGCUCGGGGCACAGCCCCCAACUUCCGCUUUAUAGGCUCCGUUGGGUCCUCCGCCCUCUUUCCGGUGUGGCGUCGCUCUACCCCUGCGCCUCUCUAUUGUUCAACCCGGCGUGGUCUGCGCUGUAGGGGUCCUAGUUCUAUUUCACACCGGAAGUAUCCGCGCGGACCCGCGGUGGGUUUCUCUGAAAUUUUCUAUCUCUUUGGACCCGCGUAGCCCCGAGCGCGUGAAUCUGGGGAGGGCAAACGGAGCCUCGUUUCCUUCCAGGUAAAUAGAGGGUGCAGAGGGCGCGGGGAGCGAGUAUUCAGGGGUGCAUUUUUUCUAAUGCAGUAGAUCCCCAGGUGGUGGUGGUUUAAAGCAAGCCUUGCUUUGAUUUUUACCUGCAAUUUGAUUUCACCUGUAAUCCGCCUUGAGAUCACGUAUUAUUAUUAUCAUUGCAAACAAACCGCACGGUGCUCAGUAUAUCCAGCCUCUUGCAUCCUCAUGUUAACCCCUGGAGCUGCACGCCCGCUGCUUUUGCCCGCGUGACUCCAUGCACGUGUCCGCGUUUUAGCCUUAAUUGCCGCGGAUUCGGACGUGCCUCUCCUGUUCAUACGUGCAUCUUAAUUUUCUCCCUGAUCCCUCGUAUUGCACGAUGAGCGCUCCCUUCUCUUUUCUCCCCAAAGCGGAUCCUGCCGCGAGCGCAUCUCCACCUCUUCCUCGACGCGCAUCUCUCCCAGAGCAGUCAGCAUCACAAGCUUAUUUUCUCACUACCACGUUGGGUUUGUUGUGAACUUUAGAAAGAGAGCGACUUCAAAUUAAUCCUCUCUUAAUGCAGUUUUUAAAGCACGCGGUUAAAAUCCCAUCUACGCUACACAUUUAAAGCACCCGCAUAUCGCUUUAAACAGCCAUGGCUUCCUUCCUCAAAGAAUCAUGGGAGCUGUAGUUUGUAAAGGGUGCUGAGAUUUGUUAGGAAGCCCCUGUUCCCCUCACGGAACUGCAAUUCUCAGAGUGGUUUAAGAGACAAUCCCUCUUCCUAGAGAACUCUGGAAAUUACAAUUCCAGGAGGACUUGCACAAUAAACUAGCUGCCUCCAAAGACCAGACUUUGUGCAGUAAGGAAAGUGGAAGGGGUGAAACGGUGAAAUCUGCUAUGAUUAAAUGGGCACAAGAUGUUGGACAUAAUAUUAUGUUCGCUGACUGGGAACAGUUAUGGACCACAGGUAUGAAGUUUACAGCAUGUAAUGCCUUAAGAGAGAAUAUUAUGAAAAUGAUAUACAGGUGGUACAUGACCCCAGUCAAGCUUGCAAAAAUUUAUCAUUUGCCCGAUAAUAAAUGUUGGAAAUGUAAAGAAACUGAAGGUACAUUCUUUCACCUUUGGUGGACGUGCCCAAAGAUCAAGGCUUUCUGGGAAAUGAUAUAUAAUGAACUGAAAAAGGUAUUUAAAUAUACCUUUCUGAAGAAACCAGAGGCCUUUCUUUUGGGCAUUGUCGGCCAACUGGUGCCAAAGAAGGACAGAACCUUUUUCAUGUAUGCUACAACAGCAGCAAGAAUACUUAUCGCAAAGUAUUGGAAGACACAAGAUCUACCCACUUUGGAAGAAUGGCAGAUGAAGGUGAUUGACUACAUGGAAUUGGCGGAAAUGACUGGCAGAAUCCGAGACCAGGGAGAAGAGUCGGUGAAGGAAGACUGGAAGAAAUUUAAAGACUAUUUACAGAAAUAUUGCAAAAUUAAGGAAUUUUAGAAGGAUGUCGGACAGAAACUAAGAGGUUUUUAGCUGUAAUGCUUUUAAGAGACAUGAAAAAAAAAGGUUAACAAUUGGGUAAAAGAUUAAUGGUAAGGAUUUGCUGAACCAACAAACUGAACUGGAAUACAAAGAAGGGAGGUAUGAGGAGGUCCGGGAAAUAAGAGCAAGUAAGAUAGUUUAUGGAAGAUUAUUGUGCUUUUAACUGUUUUAUUUUGUAUGUUUUUCCUUAUUUUUUACGUUUUUGUUAUAUCUUAAAAUCUUAUACUUUUUUCUUUAUUCUGUAUUUUCACGUAUUUUUUGAAACUUUAAUAAAUAUCAUUAUAAAAAAAAAAAAAGGAAAGUGGAAGGGAGAUUCACUGGAAAAUGGUACUUGCUUUGAGGCAGUGUCAUGUAACCUCCCUGCAAGCAAAUCGGAACGAAUGCUUACUAACUAACCAGCUUUGUCUAACCUUCACCGCAAACAAGGGAGAAGGAACGCUUUAGUUAGCUGGCUGUGAUGCCAUGUUAUGUGUAUUGUGUUCAUAAUUUGUAACUGUUUGGUGAAAGUAAUAUAUCAUCUUUUGAAUCAUUGUAUCUUUUCACCCCAGAUUAUUGUCUCAUUCUUCUCAGCCAUGCUACUACAUGUGAGCCUGCUAGGGUGAGCACAGGUUGGCAGGGUGUUGACCUUGUAAAAUGCACCCACACACACCCUGCCCAAAGUAUUGAUAUUUUGGUGGUGGCAGCUAGUGAUUGUUUGGGAUGAUUAAGGGCAUGGUUUAGGCCUGAUUAUAACCCUGGGGCAACAGCCAGAAAUCCACUUAAUUUGUCUUGUCUAAUGACUCCUGUGGGUUAAGGAGAAGGGUCAGGAUUCUCUGAAAUACUUUGGGGGUAAACCAGGAAUAAGGAAUCUGUGUCCCUCCAGAUAUUACUACAACUCCCAUCACCCCAGACAGUUGGUUUCACUAGCUGGGGCUGGUGGGAGAUCGAGCACCACAACAUCUGGAAGGCAGAGUUUAAGUUAUCCCCUUUUCUUCCAUGUCUGUUAACACGGCCAGACUGUAUUUGCAAGGUCUCUGGUGAGCUGCUGUGUUUCUUGAGCUACUCCUGGCUUGUUUCUAUGCUCCCUAUGCUUUGUGCUUUAGAUGCAUAGCGCAGAUGGGAUUUGUACCGAAUGUGAAGUGUGCAGAAAAGACAAAAAGAAUAGCUUUAUUGUGUACUAAUGUCUCCUUCUGAUAAGAGGAGACAAAUUGAGUAAGGUAACUGGAAACUGACUGUUUUAAUAGCUGCUUUGUCUUUCAGAGGAACUGGCAAAGCCCCCAUAA